AUGAGUUACCUCCCCAUUGGAAAAGAUACCGGAGACCACAAUGUCCAGGGAAAUCCCGACAUGGAACUACGUGAACAGGACAGAUGGCUUCCUAUAGCGAAUGUUGCCAGACUCAUGAAAAACACUCUUCCCACUAGCGCCAAAGUAUCGAAAGAUGCCAAAGAAUGCAUGCAAGAGUGUGUCAGUGAGUUCAUUUCGUUUAUUACCAGUGAGGCAAGCGACAGAUGUCUCCGGGAGAAGAGAAAAACCAUCAAUGGUGAGGAUAUUUUGUAUUCGAUGCAUGAUUUGGGGUUUGAGAACUAUGCCGAGGUGCUCAAAAUCUAUUUGGCCAAGUAUAGAGAACAGCAGGCACUCAAGCAGGAGCGCGGUGAGACCAGAAGCUCAAAGAAACUGGCCAAAAAACCGAGAAAUGCCUCCCCCACCGAUCUCCACGAUCUGAACCCAGAGUUGGACGACGACUACAUAAAGGGCGAAGAGCUCACAGAAGACCACGUGGGAAACGCACAGCAGCUUGACCAGCUAGCGUAUUCGGCGUCUCCUCAAGGCAAAGAUGUGCACUCGCCAGACUAUUUCCACCAGUAUGAAUCCAACGAGUCUGAGGGAAACCCGCAAAUGGCCAAUCUGGUGGAUGAGCAGCACAUGAAGCACGGUCUAGAUGUACAUGUGGACAACUUGGACGUUGACGGAAGAUACGGAGACUUUCUCCACGAGGACAAUGAUGAUUUGAAGAACGGAAAAAAGGAACACAUGAACGAUUUGGAGAAGCUCGGUAGUGACGACGCGGACAUUGACAACUUGACCACCGGAAUCACCAACAGAAGCUACUACUAG